AUGUUUGUAUUUUUUGUAUGUGUCUAUAAAUGUGUGCAAUAUACAGAACGGGCGCAGUCCUGCCAAGUGAUCUUGUAUAAGGAAAGUACUGAGGCACUGAGCGAACGAGGGGCCAUUCGCCUGCCGCCGUCGCCGAGACUGACAGAUCAUAUUUUCGAGUUGCUGGUGCUUUAUGCUGUGAUCCUAGAAGAGCGACAGUUCGGCGAAAUUUGCGUCAGUGACGAUGAUGCGCCUGAUGCGCUCGCCCCCGAACUUGAGCUUCCGACAGGUGCGGCAGAAGAGGGUGCACUGUUGAGACCAGCGGUUGUUGAGGUUCGAUUAGCAGACGCCAGUGGCGAUAUACCACUUGCCACUCCAAAGCUGUUGUAUGCUGCUGCAAUUUUAAAAAAAUAA